UAUUGGCCGGCGCGGCGCGCGCGCGGGCGCUCGGUGCCGCCAUGAACUGCCUGACGGUGCCCGGCGUCCACCCCGGCUCCCCCAGCCGCCCGCGCGGCCAGAUCCAGGUGAUCUUCGGACCCAUGUUCUCCGGGAAGAGCACGGAGCUCAUGCGGCGCGUGCGGCGGUUCCAGCUCGCCCAGUACAAGUGCCUGCUGGUGAAAUACGCCAAGGACACACGUUACUGCACCUCCGGUGUCUCUACACACGACAGAAGCACCAUGGAGGCCCUGCCUGCCUGCCUGCUCAAGGACGUAUACCAGGAGGCUUUGGGCUCUGCAGUCAUUGGCAUUGACGAGGGCCAGUUCUUCCCAGACAUUGUGGACUUCUGCGAGACGAUGGCCAAUGCUGGUAAAACUGUCAUCGUUGCUGCUCUUGAUGGGACUUUCCAGAGAAAGGCUUUCGGCAGCAUCCUGAACCUGGUGCCGCUGGCAGAGAGCGUGGUGAAGCUGAACGCCGUGUGCAUGGAGUGCUACCGCGAGGCCUCCUACACCAAGAGGCUGGGAGCAGAGAGGGAGGUUGAAGUGAUUGGAGGAGCAGACAAGUACCACUCUGUCUGCCGAGCCUGCUACUUCCGCAAGCGGCCGCAGCAGCCUGGGUUGGAGAACAAGGAGAAUGUGCCCAUGGGGGUGAAGCAGCUGGAGGUAUCGGCCUCCCGGAAGAUCUUCGCUUCUUGACUGCUGGGCUCGCAUGGGGAAAAAUGAGAGGACAGAAGCUGGGCGCUGCAGCUCCCAGAUGCCAGAUCUGCCUUCCCCUGCUUUUAGCAAAGCUUGCGUUUCUCAGCUCUACCUGCCCAGCCCAGCCCCUGUUCCUCUGCACCAACUGGGAUCAACUGGACCUCAUGGUGGGGGGAGCUGAAGCUGGAGCCCAACUAACAGUGAGUUCAGACCAUGGAAAAGAGACAGUUGUAGCUACUGAUGCUGCCACACAAGCAGAUCCUGGAGAACUGUUACAGCCAGGCAGGCUGCAGGGCUCCCCUCACUGCCACAGCUCUGCUCCUGCUCCUCUGCCUGCACCAGCACUGGCACUGCUGGCCAGGUCACUUGCCUGUGAAUGCAACUCUCCUUCUUGUGUGCAGUUGCUAAAUUUUAGGUUUCUUAAGACAAUGUGCAGUAACUUAGUAUUUUAAACCCACUUCCUUUUUUAAAGCAGUUUGAUGAGAUAACCUGUCCCUUGUAGAGCUGUGGCACAACUUUUCAACUGACAUGUGCAGCAGAAGCCUGGCCCUCAGCAGCCCCCUUGGACGAUCGUGUUUGGCCUGCACUUUUGCUGUUACACUCAUUGGCUUUAACUGCCUUGUAAAUUUGUGUUGAAACAGAAAAGCAGGAAAGGAAGGAUCUUCUGGACGCAUCACUCCAAAGCCAGGGUGGCUUUGCUCAGGUCCAAGCUUGGUGCUGCUGCUUCAGUGCUUAGUUACUUGGGAAGGGUUUGGACGCUCAGGAGGCUCAAACCUCUGCAAAGAUUUGAGCUGCUGUUUCUGUGAAGAUCCAGCUCCUUGGAAAAGGGUCUCUGGUUUGAGUGGAUGGUUUUCCACUCUAGUCAUGUAUCUUACUCUCCUGAGCUUUCAAAAAAUUCUCGAGGCUGAGUUUUCCUCUGCUGUAGGCACCUGAUGGAGCCUUUUCCUCCUUUGCUUGUAGAAGUUUGGGGUUGGUUGUUUUUUUGGUUUUUUCUUAUUCCUUCCAGAAGUUCUUUUCCCUGGGAGGCAGCAUCCACAAGGUCCAGGCAGCAGCUCUUGGCUCUGGCCAGGUCAGACCUCCACGUGCCAAUGUGGUGUCUGUCAGCCUGCACCUUUGGAGACGGGAAGGCACCUCCUGAGGUGCCUGAACCCCCUGCCUCUCACUCCUCACAAGCACUUGGUUGCCAGGCCUGAGCUUUCCCCUUGGGGACAGGGAAGGCAGCACUGCUACUGCUUUAGGUUAAUAAAUAACAAUUAAAUUGUC